UAAGCCGUGUUUUUACUGCGCGUGCGCAAUGCCAGGAGUCCUUGGCUGGUCGGCCUGCUGUAGGUUACUGAUCCUGUGAGGGGACGCGGACAAAAUGCAAAGCUGGACACCACUCUACCGCUCUCUGGCCACGCGGAGCCACCACCUGUCCUGCAAGCUGCAUGGAGCUGCAGCUGUGUCUGUCAGAACCUAUGCUGACAAAGCAGCAAUUGAUGCAGAUGUCACAGUAGUGGGCUCCGGUCCAGGCGGCUACGUCGCUGCCAUCAAAGCAGCACAGCUCGGAUUCAAGACAGUAUGUGUUGAGAAAAAUGUCACCCUGGGAGGGACUUGUCUCAAUGUCGGCUGCAUCCCAUCAAAGGCUUUGCUGAACAACUCCUAUUUGUACCACAUGGCUCACGGCAAGGACUUUGAAAGCAGAGGCAUUGAAAUUUCCGGCAUCUCUUUGAACCUGGAGAAGAUGAUGGCACAGAAGAGCGGGGCAGUCAAAGCUCUGACCGGAGGAAUCGCACAUCUUUUCAAACAGAACAAAGUGACCCAUGUCAAUGGUUUUGGGCGGGUUACUGGUAAGAACCAGGUGACUGCAACAACAGCCGAUGGCAGUGAGCAAGUUAUCAACACCAAGAACAUCCUCAUCGCCACCGGCUCCGAGGUCACACCCUUCCCUGGUAUCCAGAUUGAUGAGGACACCAUUGUGUCGUCGACAGGAGCUCUGUCCCUGAAGAAAGUGCCAGAGGAGCUGAUUGUGAUCGGAGCUGGAGUCAUCGGGGUGGAGCUGGGUUCAGUGUGGCAGCGUUUGGGCUCUAAGGUGACGGCGGUGGAGUUCCUGGGCCAUGUGGGUGGGAUGGGCAUCGACAUGGAGAUCUCCAAAAACUUCCAGCGCAUCCUGCAGAAGCAGGGCCUCAAGUUCAAGCUCAGCACUAAAGUUAUGGGAGCAACCAGGAGGCCUGACGGCAAGAUCGAUGUGGCGGUGGAAGCAGCAGCCGGAGGGAAGAACGAGACUCUGACGUGUGAUGUGCUGCUGGUUUGCAUCGGGAGACGACCUUUCACGCAGAACCUUGGUCUAGAUUCUGUUGGCAUCGAGCUGGACAACAGAGGUCGCAUCCCCGUCAACAACCGUUUCCAGACCAAAGUUCCCAGUAUUUUUGCUAUUGGUGAUGUGGUUGCUGGGCCGAUGUUGGCCCACAAGGCGGAGGACGAAGGCAUCAUCUGUGUGGAGGGCAUGGCCGGUGGCGCAGUGCACAUCGAUUACAACUGCGUUCCCUCUGUCAUCUACACGCACCCAGAGGUGGCCUGGGUGGGCAAGACAGAGGAGCAACUUAAAGAGGAGGGUGUCCCGUACAAAGUUGGCAAGUUCCCCUUUGCAGCAAACAGUCGAGCCAAAACCAACGCCGACACUGACGGCUUGGUGAAGAUCCUCAGCCACAAAGAGACAGACAGGAUGCUGGGAGCUCACAUCCUUGGAUCAGGAGCAGGAGAGAUGGUCAAUGAAGCUGCCUUGGCCAUGGAGUACGGAGCUUCCUGUGAGGACAUUGCCCGAGUCUGCCACGCCCAUCCCACGGUGUCAGAAGCUUUCAGAGAAGCCAACCUGGCCGCCUCCUUUGGCAAAGCCAUUAACUUCUGAUCUGCCAGCCGCUGUCGCACCUUCAACAGACAUAGUGGAGAGAAAAGCUGUGUGUCUGCAUCAAAACCUUCAUCAAUUUCAGUCGACCGGGAUCCCGGUCUUCAUCCGAACUGUACCGCAUUUAGUUCUAACGUUAUUUAAAUGUUCUCAAUACAAUAAAAGGGGGAUUGGGUGGUGAAUAAACACUGACUGCAGCCAGUCUUUUUGUUUUCCACGCAUUGUUUAAAUAUUCCAGAACACCAUAUUAUGCACUUAUUUCCAGCACAUAGAGAUAUAAAUAUUAUUUUGGUGGGGGAGGAAGGGGAUGUUUUUUUCUUUCUGUUUUUUACAGUGUGGAAGAAUUCAACACAACUAAUGCUAGGGGUAAUCUGGGCAGGAGACUGGAGGUGCUCAUGUUUUCACAUUUGCUAGUUUUAAAGUCAAAAUCCUUGGAGCAUGUCCCUGCUUCAGUUGUUGCUGACACUGACUUCUCUUCAAGCUCAGCUGUGACAUUAUUGAAUCGUCCGGAACCACAAGUGUUUGCCCUCAGAGAGAAAUGCAGCAUUUGGAUAACUUUGGUAUCGAUUCAGACUUUUAGGUCAAUAUAAAUUCCGUUUUAGAGGGGAGCUGUUGACCUGUUUCCUGCUCCGAUUACUUCACUGUGACUGGCUCCGCCCUGUUCUCGCCUUUGUCACCCUUUGAAACAAAAUAAAUGCAGUAGUGUAACUUUUAAUGAAAUAACAAUUGUCAGUAAUGAUUUUAUGGCAAAUUGAAGUCGAGUCCUCAAUCUGCUUUAAACCAACAUGUUUGUCCUCACCAGUGGGGGGAGCAGGCAAAAAGAUCAAAGCGGUUCCCUGUCUGAACUGUUAAUGAGAAUGUCUAUGAUUCAUUACUCCCUAUGUAACACACUCAAAUGUACAAUAAAUAGUAAAAUAAUA